AUGUCGACUUCUGCCAUUCUCUCAACCACCGGGGCCAUUGAUAAGGGCUUAGCCCCGAGCUAUCAGCCCUUCAAGGAGAAUUAUGACCUGGAAAGCCUUGUGCAGGAUAUCAAGGAGCACCUGGGCGAAUCGGGCGGUAUUUCUUCUGAGGACGUGAACGAAGCAUACUUGAUCUCUCUGGCAAAGAAAUACAUCUCCGACCCCAGCGAUUGGAUCGAAUAUUUCCACAAUGACACGAGCAAGAACUACACCCGCAACGCCAUUGAGAAUAUCAAUCACAAGGCCAAUAUUCUUCUGCUUGUCUGGAACCCAGGAAAGGGUUCCCCAAUUCAUGAUCAUGCGAAUGCCCACUGCAUUAUGAAGGUUCUGGCCGGGCAGUUGCACGAAACUGUGUAUCAUACCCCUGAGACAGGCUCAAAGGAGUCAAAGCCUAUGACAAUCAAAUCGUCAACCACCUUUGGCAUGAACGAAGUUACUUACAUCUCUGACGAUAUCGGUCUUCACCGCGUUCACAAUCCGCAUCCUACUCAGAUCGCAGUCUCUCUCCAUCUUUACACCCCACCCAAUGCAGCGGAUUAUGGGUACAACAUCUUCGAUGAAGCUACCGGCUCCGCCAGUCAUGUCUCACAGGCUCACUCUGUCUCCAAGAAAUAG